GGAGAGGGGCGAGAGAGAGAGAGAGAGAGAGAGAGAGAGAGAAGUGGGCGCCGCCUGGUCGCUUCUGCGCGCUCUCGACCGCGGCGGGAUAAAUGCUGGAUUCGGGGCGGCUCGCUUUAGUCGCUGAGCCGAGCGGUGGGAGGACGAGGCGGAGCUGCAGCCGUUUUUUUCCGGCCGCUUUCGAGGGGAGGUUAUUCUAGAUUGGAACCAUGUACUGGCAUUUCCCUCUCCUCUUUGCUGCCUUGACGUCCACCUAUGUAUGCUUUCCUCAAAACCAUUUGUCAUUGGAGGAAUUGGGAUCGGACAUUGGAAUCCAAGUUUUCAAUCAGCUGGUCAAAACCAGAGCUGGUGAUAAUGUUGUGGUUUCUCCACAUGGAAUUGCAUCGGUGCUUGGGAUGCUUCAGCUAGGAGCCGACGGCAAGACAAAGAAGGAGCUGACUACAGUGAUGAGAUACAGUGUAAAUGGAGUUGGUAAAGUAUUGAAGAAGAUAAACAAAGCUAUCGUGUCAAGGAGGAAUAAAGAUAUUGUUAAAAUUGCAAAUAUAGUUUUUGCAAACAGCGGGCUGAAAAUGGAAACACCUUUUGUUUCUAGAAACAGUGAGGUGUUUCAGUGCCCUGUUAAAAAUAUAAAUUUCAAGGAUCCAAAUGCUGCUUCUGACACUAUAAACCUGUGGGUCAAAAAUAAAACUGAGGGCACAACAAGCACUCCUAAUGACUUGUGGUAUAAUACUAUAGAAUUGCCAUAUCACGGUGAAAGUAUAAGCAUGUUGAUUGCUUUGCCUGCACAAAGUUCAACUCCCUUGUCUGCUAUUAUUCCUCACAUUAGCACAAAAACUAUACAGAGCUGGAUGACAACUAUGGUUCAAAAGAGGGUACAGGUCAUUUUGCCCAAGUUUACAGCAGAAGCAGAAACAGAUUUAAAAGGACCUCUCAAGGAGCUGGGCAUUCGAGAUAUGUUUCAUAAAUCAAAGGCAAACUUUGCAAAAAUAACAAGAUCAGAAAAUAUUCAUGUAUCUCAGCUCUUGCAAAAAGCAAAAAUUGAAGUAACUGAAGAUGGAACCAAAGCUUCUGCAGCAACAACUGCAAUUGUAACAGCUCGGUCAUCACCUCCUUGGUUUGUGGUGGAUCGACCAUUUUUAUUCUUCAUACGACACAACCCUACAGGUGCUGUUUUGUUUAUGGGACAAAUCACCAAACCUUGAGUAAAGGAAGAGAUUCUUUCCUUCUGAAGAAAACUAAAGAUUGAUGCCUUUGUACUGUUUAAAUAUUUUUGUACCUGGUUUUUCAGCUAUGAACUAGCUUUGGAAAUGUUGGUCACCUAGUUUUUGAAAAAGAACUUUAAGUAGCUGGAAUUCUUUAUGGAAGAAUAAAAUGCCUUUUUGAAAACAUUGUAAAGUUCCUUAAAACUACUGAUUAGCUCUCUGUGUUAACAACUUUUGAAAAUUUGUUGUUCUAUUUCAUAUUGUCUUUAAACCCAGUUGAAAUUAAAGAGACAAGUCUGAUUUUGGUUGGCUUAUGCCUUUCUACUACUACAAUUCAGUAACUGGAUGAGGCAUUUGCCAUUAGAAAGCAAUUGAAAGCUUUAGCAUUUUUUUUAAAUUUUAGAUUGUGCAUGUUGCUAAGAUUUAAACAACUAAUGUGCCAAUUAAUGCCUUUGCAUUGGUGUAAUGUAAACUUGUCAUUGCUAGUAUACACUUUCUGUAGAUUUAAAUUUUAUAUUUUUUGUACAAAGGAAAAUAAAAUCAUAAUGAAAAGGUGAAUCUAGUGCAAGAGUCAAAAUAAUAUUGGAGGAAAACAAUUACUCACAGUUCAGAAAGUUGAAGGUAAACUGUUGCUAAGAUAAAAUUUCCAUGUGAUGAAAUAAUUCCUGUAAGGAACGACCUGCAUUUUGGAAUACUGUUAAGUAAAAUUUCAAAAUGUUCCAUUCUGUCUGGAUGUUAGUAAUUCAUUGUAUUGUAUUGGACAAGAAGGAUGUGAUGGGUCAGUGGUCAAAGACGCUGAACUUGUCAAUUGGAAACUGACAGCCCAGGUUCAAGCUUCUAGUGCCACACAACAAAGUGAGUUCCUAUACUGUUCGCAGUUCCUACCCACCUAGCCAUUUGAAAGCAUGCAACCGCGAGUAGAUUAAUAGGUACCACAUCAAUGGGAAGGUAACAACAACCCUGGUAUUUUCUAGGGACUCAAUUGAAACAAAAUGAAUUUUAAAAAAAAAUACAUUCUGCCAAUUUUCUACCAGUAGAGCUUAAUGACUGGUUCUAUUGCCUGAAAACAUUUGAAAACUCCCUGUGUUAAAUUGGUAAGUUUUAUCUAUAGCAUAAAAAAAAAAUGUUCAGUGUAACUUUAUUUUAUUUAACAAUAUUUGUAUGUCUCUCUAUUGCAAGACUCUAAAUGAUUCACAAUAUCGAAUAGAUCAUAAAACUGUUACCUUAAAAUUACCAUAUACAAAAAUUCUAUAUAAUCUCUAUAGACCAAAUGUAGCAGCUACAGUUCUUAUCAAAGUAUUAUCUAGAUUCCCAAGAAAGAUACUGUAAUGCUUUUCAUCUCUUAUAAUACAAGGAGAGGGCAAUCCCAAUUUUUCCAUAGGGUUAGAGCAACCAAGGGAAAAGCGAGCCCAUAUCCUAAACCAUAUGAGUAAAAUGGUGAGCAUAUAAACAGGGAAGGAUAAUUCUACUUGAGGAGCCAAUCCUGUAGAAAUCAAGAUCUUCAACCGUAGAGAUGAAGCUGAUGGUACAGAUUACCAUACCAUAUGCUUGUUUACAUUAAAUACAAGUAUUUAA